CAGAAAUCAAAAAAAUCCCCCGCACCUUCUUUUACUUCUUCCAGGUUGUCUCCAACUCUCCUGGAAGCAAGUAUAGCCUACAUCAGGAGAAUCUGGCAACUUACCUAAUCGAAAAUCAUCCAUGCGGACGUCGAGGCCACGUCUAUAAAUACGACUUGCUUCAUGCUUCCUACCACUCGCCAGGCCUAUAGUAGGCGCCUGACAUCUGUUGCUUCCAUUACUUCAUUAUCUGCGUCUCCUGCGCUACCAGCAGAGUCGUCACGACAAGCAUUUCUUCGCGCUAUUGCUUCUAGGCCAACACAUACAGAUGCUGCUGGUCUGUCGCGCUCGGGUACCAGACAUCAGUCUACAGCUCCCGUGUCGGGAUCCAAGGGGAGAUCAAUGAGUUCGGGUGUCGCAGCAGCAGCCUGGGCAAUCGCGGAGGAUGACGGUACUGGUCGAUACUCCAAUCAACAGUCGUGGGGAAAGCUGGCGGGUCCUACAGGUUCUGAUCCUAUUAAACCCUUAUCUGCAAACAAGUUAAAAUCUUUCCAAGCAGACCUCGACGUGCAUGACGAUUUCUCUCUACAUCCCUUACCAAAGGAGCCUCCAUCGGAGUGGCUGGACUCGUGGCUUCAAAGCUAUGAUCCCUCUCAACUUCCCCCUUCGCCUCUGCCGCCUCUCGAAACGUUCCGCGGGCUCAUCCCGUCACAUCCCCUUCUUGCUCUGCUUACCCUUCCCAAACUUCCCCAUGCCGAUCUUUUGACCAUCCGCCAUGCGGAGGUGCGAGCGCUUAUAUGGGGUGUCACGAAAGUGACCCGCGAUAUCCCAAAGGUCCUUCUUCGCAUAAAUCCUGAAGAUUGUGCCAAAGCCAUUCGGGUCCUGCGUGCAAUUAUCUACGCCCUUCCCUCGUGCAAAAACAGCUCCGAUCCUUUUAUGGGUAGAUAUCUUAGGGGUAAAAUUUUGAGGAACCUCCUAACCUUAUGCUAUCGGCUCAAGUGCCAUCGUGUAGCAAAGAUCAUCUUCCAGGAACGGCUCCGGGAACAACUAGCUACCGACUCCAAUCCUCCAAUCCUUCCUUUCGAAGGCAUUGCAGAAGAUCUCGCGGCAGCCCGUGAGUGGCAGGUUAUCGUGGAGCUUUUUUCACCCGAAACUUUCCCUCAUCGAUAUUUCACUUCUGAGCUCAUUGCAUUCUACAUGCAGGCUCAUUUUGGCAUCCAUCAAAGCUCAAAAGUGCCGAGGAUUUUUGAGUUGCACGACGUACUCGAUUUGGAGCCUUCCGUGAAUGCGAUGAACCACCUUGUUCAAGCUUUCUUACAUAUGGGCGAUCUGCCCACAGCGAAGGCCAUCGCUAAAGAGGCGAACAUAACGGGAGGAGUGGAUUAUGCGUGUCAGCAGUUGGCGAUUUUGUGGGGAUACAGAAGUCUGGGCCGAGAUAAGGAUCUGGAGAUUAAGGUCUUGGACGAUAUUGAAAGGCUUGAGCUGCCCCUGGAAGCUAGGCUAUUACAUGCUCUCAUUCGUCUGAGACUCGACGCAAAUGAGAUUUCAAAAGCAGAAGAGCUUCUGAAAAAAUUCAAUCUGACGGAAUGGGGCGUUGAAGGCGGCGGGCAUGUGACACCUACAUCGAAGACUGCGAGCCUUUUGUUCAUGAUUGCCAGCAGGAAAGGUGAUUUGAAAGAGGUCAAGAGGAUUUGGGAUAAGAUGUGCACCAGUUCAGAGGUCGUGGACGAAGAGGUAGUGACGAACUUGCUCAGAGCAUUGUUUGAACAAGGCAAGUCUGACGAUGCUUUGGCUGCUCUACAAUCUGCGCUUCCAGAUGCUCCGUCUACUGAUAGCGAAUGGAAACUGCCUCACGGAGUCAAACCGGACAUUCGAGCCAUGAAUUUCGUCUUGGGUGCGCUAUCCCGCGAACGCGGUAUCCCUGGUCUUGAAAUUGCCAUGUCUCUUAUCCAUUCCUUUGGCAUCAAGCCAAAUAAUCUUACCCUCAAAACCAUCGUUGACUUUUCUCGAUCGACUUUGCAACAUUCUCCUUACGAUCUCGCUACCCUCGUCUCUAGAAUUAUGGAAUCCACUCCAACACUUCCACCAAGUCAGUCUCUCCUUGACUCCAUUCUUGCCGACGCUGUGUCAUCAUCUGCACGCACGCGUAACAGAGAUGCGUCGUCGACCAAAUUUUUCCCUUCUCAUAAUGAGGACACCUUCCAUCCCACUGCUGGGCUUGUUCUUUCCCCGCCUCUCUAUUCUGCGCUGUCGGCUAUCAUUGAAUCUCUCGAAUCUAUUGAUUCCCGUUCUACUUCUCGCUCCCUGGCCAAUAGGCUUCGCUAUGACGCAAUGACCAACACCGACAUCUCUGGUGUACCGUCAGCCCGUAUUGUAUGGAAUGCCCUCAUCGCUCGGGGUUUCAAUCCUGAUCACCGUCACAUUGUUGCGUUGAUGCAGGGUUAUGCCGAUGCGGGUCACAUGUACGAAGUUCAGGAUCUGUUGAUCCUUGCCUCUCAGAUCGGGAUCAGUACGACCAAAGAUAUGUUGAUGGUAGUCCUUACGGGUUGGGGCAAGAAGCGCAAACCUCGGCACGCGAGGAAGGCUUAUGAACGUAUCAGGUCUUUGGGCGGGAAGGAGGGCGAAGGAUUAGAUCUGUUGGCAGUCACUGCCAUGAUCCAAGCGUAUUCAUUUGCCGGGAAAUACAAAGAGGCGGCUCAACUAUGUUACACCGAUUUGCAACGUUUAGGCGUCAGGCUUGAUGAGAAAGCGGUGGCCGUCGUUGCCCAGGCGUUGCGAUCCGAUGGCGAUUUAAGGGGCGCACUGAGAGUCAUGGAAGCCAAUGGGAAAGCGUUAGGCGUGACGGGGAGGAAGAUUACGAGGGGUAUCAAACUGUAUGCCCGAAAACAGCUGCUGAAGGGAUUGGAUAAGGAACAGCAACAGGACAUGAACGAGGUCGUACAACUCGCAGAGCAAAUGAUCAGGGAGGAUGAGCUCGCGAGACCUACAACCUUGAAAAAGUGGAAUAGAUUAGGAGGGCCAACUAGAGGAAGACUAGAAAAUGCGUGGUCUGGAGUCGUGUCAGAAGGACGAAACCAGGAAGGAGUUAGAGGUAGAAGAGCUAGGACGGGAAAGAGGGCGAUCGUUGGCAGAGGAAGGGGGAUAGGCUUUAGAGCAUUGGAAGCGAGAAGAGAAAGAAGAAGACUUGUAGCCGAGAGGCGGAAGAAUGGUGUAGCAUUGUAAUUGUCAUAGUAACUUCCUGCAUCCAUCAUGCAUAGCUUCA